ACAACAACCACAGCAGCACCAACAGCAGUACAACCACAGCUGCAACAAGAGCAGCACAAACACGGUGACAACAACCACAGCAGCACCAACACAGCAGCACCAAUACAGCAUCAUUCAACCUCCCCAAACAAACACGCACACGCAGUCAGCAGCACCAGUCAUGGCCACCCGCUGUUUGGCCAAGAGAGCCAACACGCAGAGGUGGCAGGCUGCAUCUCCCAGCGCAGCACCGCCACAUCGGUUGCUGUUGCUGCUGCUAGCAGCACUCGCUGUGGGCUGCAUCUGUGCUCACGCCACCACGCCGAACAGCGCCACAGCGCAGAGCAGCCACCGAAACAACCAAAACACCCCUUUUGGUCGGCUCACGCCCUGUGGCGCCACAAGCAACUGCGCGCAAGUCGUGCACCAGCAGCGACAACAGCAGCAGCAACAGCAGCAGCAACGACAGCAGCAACGACAGCAGCAGCAACACCAGCAAACUGCAUCGUCAACGUCAUCGUCGUCGUCAUCACAGCACAGGACCAUCGCCAUCAACGAUGAGGCGGAGGGUGGUAGUGCGCACGUUCAGCUGGUGCUCGAGGCGGACGCGCGCAACGUGCACCCGCAGCUGACGGCAGACACAGGGGUGCAGUUCUGGCAUGGGACUGUGCAGGGGGAAGAAGGGUCUGUUGUGCGAUUGUCCACCGAUGCCAACAUGUGCAUUCGGUCUGGGCUGGUCAUCCACACCAUGGCGUCAACAAUGCAGGCGUCCUGGUUCCAGCAGUCCCAGCACACGAGUGCAUUCGCAGUUCUGGAGCGAGCACAAGACGCCCCACCCAACGACCAACAACAACACCAACAACAGCAUCAGCAACGGCAAGAACAGUACCAACAACAACAACAGCAGCAGCAGCAGCAGCAGCAGCAGCAGAAUGACAGUCGUGCAGGCAGCGAUGAUGGCGUUGCUGUGGAGUGCCCGCACGUGCACAUUCGUCGACUGACACUGGAAGAGGUUCAGGCCUUGAAGGACAUGGCCCCGGAUCCAACCCACGCGCACAGCAAUGCCACUACUGAGCACGGAGCUGCGCCACACAGCCACGAUCAUGUUGGCACAUGCACGCCUGCACAGGAAGUGGCCUUGUCCGAGCUGCUCCACGACGGCGACGAUGGCGAUGCUGCCGGCCCCUCGCAUCGUGCGCGCCGCGCGUCUGUGGUGGCGACUGGAGAUGGGCAGCCGGGGCCCGACCACAUCACGUGCAGCGUGUUCCUCGAUGCGGACGCGUCGUUCCUGCGGGCGUGGGGCGGCGUCGGCUCGCUCGCCCAGCGCAAGCAACGCGCCCUGCUCAAGAUGGUGGACAUCCUCUUCCAGGUGGACGGGCUGUACCAGCACCAUGACAACCUCGCCAACAUCCUCACUUUCCGCAUUGCCGGGGCCGCGGUGCACGAUGCUCUGGAGCUGUCCACCAUCCCCAUCACCGCCGGCGCAUCAGCAGACGUCGCCUCCCGCGUGCUGCAGCAGUACCAGCGCUGGCUCGCACGCAAGGAGCGCGCCCGCGGUGACGGGUACCUAACGGCCCAGCAGGUCUGCCUCAACCACCUCUUCACCCACACCAACCUGGACGGCGUGCUGGGCGUGGCCGUUCAGGCGUCCACCGCGAGCACGGUUGUUGGCGGGCUGUGCGAGUCGCGCAUUGCACAGGGGCGCAGCCUCAAUGCCGGCAUCAGCACCACGAAAUCUGCGCGUGAGAUCCCCGUUGCAACGUGGCAAACCGUCCUCUCCACUGCACACGAGUUUGGCCACAACGUCGGCGCACGACACACGUGCGACUUGAGCGACACGUCCGCCUCCUACUGUCCCUCCGUGGAGGGCACAAAGUGCCAUCCAACGCUCGAGCAGGGCGGCCCAUAUCUGAUGUAUCCCGCCAUUGCACUUGAGAACACGCACCGCAAUGCCCAGUUCUUCAGCCCGUGCAACAUCGACGCCAUCACCGCUGUGCUUGCCGUCAAGGGCGGCUGCCUGGAGGAGGCGCACCCGUGCAACGACCUCACCGACAACGGGCCGUGCUGCCUGGGCAACCGCUUCCUCCCCUCCGGCGUCGUAUGUCGCGAGCUGACGGCGCAGGAGGCCGAGUGCAAACUACCUGGCCUGUGCACGGGGAGCACGGCAGAGUGCCCGGCGUACCAGCACAAGGACAACGGAACCCCAUGCCGGUUCCUGGAUACCGACGGCGGCACCAUCGGUCACGGCGCAUGCCAACAGGGGAGAUGCAUGCACCUGCACGACGCCUUCUGUGCGGAUUUGGGCCUCUUUGGCUGCAGCCACUACACUGCCGAGUGUGCAGUGUCGUGCUCCAGUGCCCGUGGAGGCCUCUGCCGCCCUUACAGCCCGAGCUGCCGCAACCUGAUUAAUGCAACCACCCCAACGCAGACGUGGGUUGCCGGCGGCAUGUGUCCUGUGCCGACGGGCGAUGCCUGCACUUCGCACAAAGGGUAUGUCGGCACGUGUGCGGCCAAUGGGGAGUGCGCGUGCACAGCGGAGGACUGCACGGCCCCGCGCCCCGACAGCAGCAACCACGAGUACACGUGCGACUACGCCGUCACGCUGACAAACCCGUGCGACCAGCCCUGCAACACCGGCGAACAGUCUGUGUUCUACCAAUGUAUGUGUGAGGACAGUGGAUCUCGCAUGGCCGUCAACGCCUCGUUUUGCUCCUGGCGCGUCCCUCCUGCUGAUCGGCGCACUUGCCAGCACACUUCAUGCGAGGCUGCCCAGCAAGAGUUUCUUCGUGUCGUCAUCUCGCCACUUCGCACCAUCGACGCCGUACAAAUCAUGCUGUCACAGGCACUCGGCUUCCCGGUGUCGGUCAGCACCCUCGCGCAGGGCUCCAACGAGACAGCCUUGCAGCUGUGGGCCUGCAGGACAGACAACACGGGCUGUCUCUCCGCUAACCAGCUCAUUGCCGUCCUGGUCGAGCCCGCUGUCACCUCCGCCGUCCACAGCGCAGGAUUCUCUGUGGAUGAUGUGAGUCGUAUUGAGGAGACAUCAGGCCCCAACACGGUCAUCAUCAUCGCAAUUGUUGUGGCAGUUGUAGCCGUGCUUGCCACCGCCGCUGCUGUCGGCUUGUUCAUCCACUAUUCCAACAAAACCAAGCAAUACCAAGCACAACUCUCUCUUGAGCUCACGUCAAAGAACCCUGUUGGUCCACAUCACGUUGCACGUUGGCAGGAGGAUGAUGCGCUCGUGUUCUUGCAGGCCGGUGGCACCGCAAAGCAGGAGCUGCGCCGCUCUGUGCGCAGCAGCGUGCGCAGCGGUCCCUAUGCCGGCACCAAACACCACCACCAGCCUCCUCCUCCACAUCCUCUUCACCAGCAGCAACAGCAACAGCAGCUGCACAUCGGGUCGUCACCGCUUGCCCACCAGCUCGCUGCUGCAUCUGUGCCGGAUAUGAGUGGCGUCCCACUUCCACCGUACACGCCGCCCGCGGACGAGCUGGUGUAUGAGGAGCUGUACCACAACAGGGACUUCCACCCUGGUUAUGACAGCGCCGAGUACACGGGCACAGUUGAUUUUGGCAGGCGGCACCCUGACGAAGAAGGCGGCGACGUUAGUGGGCAGCAUGUUGUGUACCACCGUGCCGAUGGCGUGUAUGACGAUGACGAUGGGUUCAUUGACGACGAAGGCGAAGCGACUGCGCUGGGAGGCGGCGGCAGGCAUGGCGGCCAAGACCAGUGCCACCCUCUGCAUGAGGAUGACGCGCUGGAGGAGGAGGAGGAGGAGGAGGUCGAGGGGCAGCCCAGGCCUGUGCCGCCGCACAGGGACACGCACUGCAGCGGGGCGUAUCAUGGCUCCAGGCCUCCGCCGUCGUAUGAUGACACGCCGCUCUAUGUGGGAACCGGCACAGGCAGCAUACGCACGAACACAACCACAAGUGUACGGAGUGUCGCACUCCUCGCUGCACUGCAGUCUGCGCCAACCAGUUCUUUCUGA